UGGUCAGUUGAAUUCCGGCAUCUUCCUUUCUCAAAUGGUUCAAUCUCACUAGUAAGUUUAUUCUCUGCAAUUAAAGCCAACUGCUUGGCUUUCAAACUUGUAUGCAGCUUGAUUGAAUUCAGUGCCAAUUCGGAAGGGUACGAGGCAAAACAGUGCAGGAUCUAUACCUUUCCAUAAUCUAUCUGAAGCGGGUAUAUAAUCAAGAUAUACUGCAUCAAGAAACUUUACAGCAUAAUUCUACUGGUUCAGUUACCCAUGCACCAACUAUGAGAAACAUAAGAUGAUUACUAGUUCACAAGAAGUGGAUUCUGCAAGAAAAAAAGAGGGAGACACCAGUCAUGGCAAGAUUACCAAAGCUUCAUCUAGCUCAACGCCAUGGUUAAAAUUGAAAGAUCCAAGAAUUGUUCGUGUGUCACGGGCUUUUGGAGGAAAAGAUAGGCACAGCAAAGUUUUCACCAUAAGGGGAUUAAGAGACAGGAGAGUAAGGCUUUCAGUUCCCACAGCUAUCCAAUUGUACGAUCUUCAAGAUAGGCUUGGACUUAAUCAGCCUAGCAAGGUUGUUGACUGGUUGCUUAAUGCGGCAAAGCAUGAAAUUGAUGAACUCCCCCCACUUCCAAUGCCACCAGUGAACUUUGGCCUGAAUCAUCAAGCAAUUUUAACUUCUUCUCAUGAAGUUGGUGCUUCCCAAUCUAACAAAGAAGGGUUCAAGACGAGCAGCAGCAUCAAUUGGGAGGAUCCAGACGGAUUAACUAGACCUAAUUUUUGGAGCAGUGAUGCACUUUUGAAAGCCAAGUCAAAAGAAAUUGCAAGGGAUUCUGUCCAAGAGAAAGAAAAUUGGACAAAAAGAAAUGAUCAAGAAGAUAAAAAGGAAAGCAGUGAAGGGCAUAGUAGUUCUCUUCAAGUUCCAUCAAGCAGUUUCUUCCCCAGAGCUAGUUAUUCUUCUUUACCGGGUUUGAUAAAUAAUGCGAUGCCAUAUGGUUCCUUUUUUCAAGUAGAACAUCAAAAUUUGCCCUUAUCUCAUUUGGGAAGUCAUGGAUUUGCAGCUCAAACAGAUGAUCUGCACAACCUGAAUGCUGUGCCAUUACCAUCCACCUUGUCUUUAUCAUCUGGGUCACAAAUUUUGGUGUGUCCACCUGGAACAGCACAACCUUAUUUCCCUUCACGUGUUACAGGAGCUUCGCCAGAGACUUAUCCAAGACAAAUGAACCAUUUUCAGAUGUUGAGUUCCAGCACUCAAAACCUCUUUCCUAAUUCGCUCACUCCAAGUCCAUACUCUAUGAACCAAUCUACUAGACCUUUCCGUGCAACCCCUAGGCUUGUCCAUUCCCUCAACAGUGGAAGUCAUCAACCAGAUAAUAAGGAAGAGUUUCCUUGUAAAUGACAUGAAUGCGUUACAAACAAGGAUUACAAAACAAUAGAAGCAAGCUCCCAUUUCUCAGGAGAAACUAACAAAGCUUCAAGUUGUUAUCCCAGGUGAGAACAAACAUGUCCCAAGUUUUACAAGUGUUUGCUAGAAGACGCUUUCUUUUUAUGUUGAUGUGUUUACAAAAGUAAUAAUCCUAUUCCUAUGUUUGGUUUCGUAAUUUUGCUUGAUCGAGUGUCUUGUGAUCAAUUCUAUGACUUUUUCCUUUCUUUUCUUUCCUAAUAUUAUUAAUUCUGUAUGAAUAGUUUGAUACUUAUGAACUCUUUAUAAGUUCA